UGUCAUCGCUCUGGGUGGGUGAUCGUGAGUGAGUUCAUUUCUUUUCGGUCUCACUCUGUCUCUACACAUUUCUCUCCGAAUAGCGUGAUUGCUCAUUGUUACGUGCCUGCUGCACCAUUUUAACACCCUACACCGUCUGCAGUCUUCUUCUACUUCACCACAGCUGAACGGGCUUUUGCUGCUCAUUUACAACCAGGAGUCCAUCCAUGUCUGGUGAUUUUUUCAUUCAGGAUCUGAGGAAUGUGGUGUCUGAAAAUAAACUGAACGACAGGAUACAUGGACACAAUACAAGACUGCGCCUGUGACAAAGCUGUGCAAGGUAAGACACUGAAAUUUAUGGGAUAACACAAGAAUUAAGAAAUCCUUGCACUUGUUUCAUUAUUACGCUAUUUUCUUUUGAGAAUUAAGGAACUAUAUCUAGUUCAGAUGUUACACUCCCAGCUUUGUAUUGCUCCUCAGGGAUGUUUUGCUAAGGAGACAUGGUUCACUUGGGAUUUAACUGCUGCUGUUGGUUACACCAAUAGUUUAAUUAAAGUUGCUUGUCUGAACAGAAAAGAAACCAGAGACAACACCUUACUUUGUUGCCUCAGAUGUAAAACAAAGCCACAUUUAUUGCACACACUGACUCAAUCCCCCCCCCCCCAUUCACCUCCUGCACUGCAAUACUGUCCCAAUGCAAAAUGUUCAGUUCCUCUUUUUAGUGUAGAUGGUUAAUAGCGGUUUCUUCCUUUGCUGGAGGAAGUAUUCUGAUCCUUUAGUAAAGUAAAAGUAUUCAUAUAAAAAUGUUCUAUUACAAGUAAAACUCUUGCUUUAAACAUGUAACUAAUAGAUAUAUAGAUAGAUAUGUUAUUCACACCCAAAGGGAAAUUGCAGUGUUGCAGUAGAAAGGUAAGGUAAGCGUAAAGGUAAGUAUUAUCAGCAAAUUAAAAAUCAAAAGUAAAAGUACUCGUAUGAAGAAAAAUGCCUCAGUAAAUGUUUUGGAUUAUUAUUAUUGAUGCAUUCAUGUGAAAGUAGCAUUUUAUUGUUGUAGGCUAGUUAAUAGAUGUGGAGCUAAUUUUAUUGGCUCAUCCCAAAACAUGUUUUAUAUGUAAAAGCUCCAUGUGUAAAGCCUAGCAACUGUCAAAAAAUGGAGUAAAAAUAUUUCCCGCUGAAAUGUGGUGGAGUUGAGAACCCAUGUACGUACACAACGAUGAAUCUUCUCUUAUGUAUAGGCCUAUCUCCUAAACUUUGUUAAUUUUUUUUCUGUUGUAUUUCUGCAGAACCACAUGCAUACACACACUAAAAUCUGUUUAAGGGCCCUGUGCUCUGCCGGUCCUCCGAUCUGAUUCUGCAUUCUGACCGACGUACUGCAGUGAAUGUUCAACAUAAGAGUCAGCCAGUACAGUCCGCCAAGGAAAGAAUCGGGAGGUCCCCGGAGAACAUGGCAUUCUGGAGAAGAAAUACUCAUAUUGAGAAGGAACGCCGUGUGAAAGCCAAUGCGUGGGACUACAAUGACAAGUUCUCAUAUGCUGACAAUCGCAUCAAAACCUCAAAGUACAACAUCUUAACCUUCCUGCCCAUCAACUUCUUUGAGCAGUUCCAGAGGGUUGCAAAUGCGUACUUCUUAGUGCUGUCGAUACUGCAGUUAAUUCCAGAAAUUUCCUCUCUGUCCUGGUUCACAACCAUCGUGCCUUUGGUGUUGGUGCUGGUAAUCACAGCUGUCAAGGAUGCCACAGAUGACUAUUUCCGACAUAAGAGCGACCAGCAAGUCAAUAACCGGCAGUCUCAGGUUCUCCUCAGGGGAAGUUUGCAGAAUGAGAAAUGGAUGAACGUUCGAGUGGGGGAUAUCAUCAAACUAGAGAAUAAUCAAUUUGUCGCUGCAGACAUCCUCCUUCUCUGUAGCAGCGAGCCCUAUGGACUGUGCUAUAUUGAGACUGCAGAGCUAGAUGGAGAGACGAAUCUGAAAGUUCGUCAGGCUUUGACCGUCACCUCAGGUUUGGGAGAUAUUACCAAACUGAUGAACUUUGAUGGAGAGGUCGUUUGUGAGCCACCGAACAACAAGCUGGAUAAAUUCACAGGAACUUUGUACUGGGGAGGCAAUAAAUACCCUCUGGAUAAUGACAAAAUGCUGCUGCGAGGUUGUGUACUCAGAAACACUGAGUGGUGCUUUGGAAUGGUCAUCUUUGCUGGGUUGCAAACCAAACUCAUGCAGAACUCUGGGCGGACUACAUUUAAAAGGACAAGUAUUGACAAGCUGAUGAACACCUUAGUGUUGUGGAUCUUUGCCUCCCUCAUUUGUAUGGGAGUCAUUUUGGCCAUCGGAAACACUAUUUGGGAAAGCUGCAUUGGCAGAAACUUCCAGGUAUUCUUGCCCUGGGAGGGGUUUCAGAGCAGUGCUGUUUUCUCUGGCUUCCUCACCUUCUGGUCCUACAUCAUCAUCCUCAACACUGUUGUGCCCAUCUCACUGUAUGUCAGUGUGGAGGUUCUGCGGCUCGGCCACAGUUAUUUCAUUAACUGGGACGGGAAGAUGUACCACAGUCAGACGGACACUGCGGCGGAAGCUCGCACCACCACCUUGACCGAGGAGCUGGGUCAGGUGGAAUUCAUCUUCUCCGACAAGACAGGCACCCUCACCCAGAACAUCAUGCUCUUCAGCAAGUGUUCCAUUAAUGGACAGACAUAUGGUGAAGUCUAUAAUGAAUUUGACGAGAAGGUGGAAAUUACAGAAAAAACAGCCUGUGUGGACUUUUCCUUCAACCCUCUCUGUGACAGAAAGUUUAAGUUUUACGAUGGCAGCCUGGUGGAAGCCAUUAAAUUGGAAGAUCCUACAGUGCAGGAGUUCUUCAGACUGCUGGCUUUGUGCCACACUGUCAUGCCAGAGGAGAAGAGUGAAGGAAACUUGGUGUACCAGGCCCAGUCACCUGACGAGGGAGCACUGGUGACUGCAGCUCGAAACUUUGGCUUUGUCUUCCGGGCCCGAACCCCCGAAACCAUCACACUGUAUGAGAUGGGACAAGCUGUCACCUACCAGCUGCUGGCCAUACUGGACUUCAACAACGUGCGCAAGAGAAUGAGUGUCAUUGUGAGAAAUCCACAGGGCAAGAUUAAACUGUACUCCAAAGGAGCUGACACUAUUAUCUUUGAACUUCUGGAUUCAUCCAGUGAAGCCCUCAUGCACACUACCUCAGAACAUCUCAGUGAAUUUGCUGGAGAAGGACUUCGAACAUUAGCCCUGGCCUACAAAGAUGUCGAUGAAGACUAUUUUGCAGUUUGGACGAAAAGGCUUCUGUUUGCCAGCACUGUAAUUGAGAACCGCGAGGAUCAACUGGCCGUGCUCUAUGAAGAGAUCGAGCAGGGCUUGAAGCUUCUAGGAGCCACGGCAAUCGAGGACAAACUGCAGGAAGGAGUCCCAGAAACUAUCGCCUGUUUAAAUCGAGCCAACAUCAAGAUCUGGGUCCUCACAGGAGACAAACUAGAGACAGCGAUGAACAUUGGCUACUCCUGCAACAUGCUGCGAGACGACAUGAAUGAGGUGUUCAUCAUCUCUGGCUACACACUGCUGGAGGUGCAGCAGCAGCUCAGGAGUGCUAAAGAGCACAUUCUCGGCGUGAGUCGAGUUAUCAGUGCAGGAGAUGUUCAGAUGAAAGACGUGACUGCAGAUGAUGUGUUUGAAGAAACCCUUAUUGCAGAGUAUGCCUUAGUCAUCAAUGGACACAGUUUGACUCACGCUUUGGAGCCACAGCUGGAGCACGUCUUGCUGGACGUGGCCUGUUUGUGUAAAACAGUCAUUUGCUGCCGGGUCACUCCGAUGCAGAAAGCCCAGGUGGUGGAGUUGGUGAAGAGGCACAAGAAGGCCGUCACUCUGGCCAUUGGAGAUGGAGCCAAUGAUGUCAGCAUGAUCAAGACUGCUCACAUCGGUGUUGGGAUAAGCGGUCAGGAGGGGAUGCAGGCAGUUCUGGCAUCAGAUUACUCCUUCGCUCAGUUUCGGUACCUGCAGCGGCUCUUGCUGGUGCACGGGCGCUGGUCCUACUUCCGCAUGUGUAAUUUCCUGUACUAUUUCUUCUACAAGAACUUUGCCUUCACACUGGUGCACUUCUGGUACGGUUUCUUCUGUGGUUUCUCGGCUCAGACUGUGUAUGACCAGUGGUUCAUUACCCUCUUCAAUAUAGUCUACACAUCUUUACCAGUCCUGGCGAUGGGACUUUUUGAUCAGGAUGUCAAUGACCAGAACAGCCUUCGCUACCCGAGCCUGUACAAACCCGGCCAGCAAAACCUUCUCUUCAACAAAUGCCAGUUUUUCCUGUGCACAGUGCAGGGGGUAUGCACAUCAUUCCUGCUCUUCUUCAUUCCUUAUGGUGCCUUCUCUGUCAUGGUGAAAGAGGACGGCUCCCACUUAUCUGACCAACAAGCGUUUGCAGUCACCAUAGCAACAUCCUUGGUCAUAGUCGUAAGUGUUCAGAUUGGACUCGACAAACACUACUGGACAGCUGUUAAUCACCUCCUCACGUGGGGUAGCCUGACAGUGUACUUUGCCAUUUUGUUUGCUAUGCAAAGUGAUGGCAUAUUUGGCGUCUUUCCAAGAAAUUUCCCAUUCAUAGGCACGGCACGUAACUGUCUAUCAGAGAAGAGUGUAUGGUUGGUCAUUCUGCUCACCACUGUGGUGUGUGUUGUGCCUGGCUUAGUAGUCCGCUUCCUGAGAGCAGACCUCUUCCCAACUCUAACAGAUAAGGUUCGUCAUCUACAACAGUCCAGGAAGAGGGAUCGACCUCAGGAGAAGAACCUGAGGCGAGUACGCAGGACGAGCUCCCGCCGCUCUGCCUAUGCCUUCUCCCACCAACAGGGCUAUGGAGAGCUGAUUACCUCAGGCAAAAACAUGAGGACGAGCAUAGUGUCUUCUGCUUGCUCCCCUGAAAGAACACCAAACAGCUGGAUAGAAAAUGUGUUAAAGAGAAAAAAUGAAGUCUCUUGCGUCUCUGAUAAAAGCACAGAAGCACCAGAAAGUGACAAAAGAGCAAAACAGACUCCAGAGUAACGGCACACUGACUGAACUUGACCUCUGGCUAAACAGAUUCUGUAUACUGUAUAGGAGACCGUAUGCAUGGAUCCCGUAGACCAAGCACAAGGUAUUAGUGUCCUUCAUUUGGGUGAAUUUAUGCUCAAAUGCAACAAUACAGUCGUACCUCAUUUUUUAUUCGUGUGUGAAUCAUUUGCCGGACGUGAAAGGCCAAUCAAAACAUGAUUAUUAGGAGGAACCAUUUCCAAAAAAAGCCAGCUGAUUGAAAACAGAUCAUGGUACACGUUUUAAUCUUUAUCAUGCAACCAUUUGUUUAAUGUGCAAACUCAGCCUGACAACAGCAGGUAUAUUUUAGGACAACGUUAUGCAUGAGUUGCUAAAGUUAAAGAAAUAUUUGUUGUCCUGCGUCAACUGAUCCAAUUUAAUCUUUAAGUGGUUGGAGCACAAACGUCUAUCAACAUUUAUGAAUAACAAAUAGCAAGCCCUCAGGUAGCCCUGAGCACCAGUACAAAACAUUUAUUAAUAGACUUACGUCUGUAAAGCCUAUGCAUUGAAACUCUCCUUUCAACCUACAUCCAAAGUGCUAAAAUGUAAGUUUUUUCUGUGAAAACUGAUGUAAAACUGCUGAAUAUGACAGUAAGCACAACUUAAUUAUUGAUUUAAAUAUAUUUAGUUAGCAGAAUGAAUGAUUAUUAUUUAGCUGACUCCAUAUUUUGCCAUAUGGAACUUUUAAUGCUAUAAUUCUGAGAUCUACAUUUCCUGACUUUCUCAUUUCACAGGAAAGAUAAUCCAUCUUUUCCAUUUGAUAAGAAAUGUGUUAAACUUGAAUACAGUGCUUGAAUCUGAUAUCCUCUCUAUAAUACAGGUUCAUCCCUCACUUUCUGCUUCCCAAAAUAAAGAGGAUGAAUAAAACAUUAAAUUCAGUGGAAAUGAGCUUUAAACCAACAACAAUCAUAUCCCCUCUUUUGUCUACCAGAAAUAGUCAAAGGGAAAACUGGCUGGGUGAGAUACGAUGUGAUAAAAGUCCCUGAACAAAAUUAAAUGCAGAAUGCUGCAGUUAUAUUCAGCACAGUACAGUAACCUAUGCCUUAGACCGCAGAGCCUCCGACAUCACUGCUCUCUAAUGAAGUGAAAAUGAAUCCUGUGCAAAAGCUCAACCCUAGUGUGUAAUCUUACAAUCAGGACUUCUUACCCUGAUUUCCCUUUGGCUCACACGCCUUUAACACAACACAAACAGCCAGAAGAAACAUGUCUCAGAGAUGCUGUUCCAACGACUGUUACUACUUCAACAACACUACUGCACAGGUAAAAUAUUUAGCACAUUUAAUUCUUUAUUUUUGCCCUUGUUUACUACAUUACGUUCAUGUAUAAAUGUUUUUAAAAAGGAUGUUUGGAUUUUAUACAACAGCACAAAUAAAAAAUAUUGUUUAUUA